UGGUUCACGACACAUAAAAAACAGGUAACUGCAAAAACAAGACAUUGUGGAAAAAUUAAAGGAAAUGAAGGUCGAUAAAAAAUGCUACCACACACAGUUUUUUGUGACUAUUGUUUAAAUACAAAUAUAUACGUAUAUGAUUUGUGAUAGAAUGUAUAAUAGAAUAAUGUGGGUGAAUGAUUUUGGAAGCAGCUGUGAAAGCCCAGUGAAUAAAGGGUUUAGAGGGCGGACUCCUGCAGCAGCCACUAAUUGCUCCAGGUGUGAUGCUGAUUGUUGAGGUACUAGUAAAAAAAAAAAAAAAAAGAAAGAAAAAAAGAAAGAAAAAAGAAGAAGGAAGAAAGAAAGAAACCUGUGGCGCUGACCUCUACUGUAACUCCAUAUCUCUGCUCUUUCUUUUGAUUUAUUUAAGUGUCGCUCAACAAAAAAUUUCUUUCUUUCUUUCUUGCCUUACGGGACCUAUGAUUUGGGAACACGUACACCACUGCGAAGAACAAUGUCUACAAGUCUUAACCUCUCAGCUUCUGACGACUCCAACCUGUCAGAUAUCCACCCGGAGAGGCUACAGGAGCUCUCCCACCGCUCCGUCAAAGUGGGCAUAAUUAUCGUUCUGGGAGUGAUGAUCACUUUGGGCAAUGUUGCAGUUCUCAUGGUUAUUACUUCGUCUGUGGCAGGUUGGUCGAGAAACUCUCGGUACUUCCUCCUGUCUCUCACCGCCGCAGACUCUGCGUUUGGACUGCUGGUCAUGCCCUUGAAUCUCUGGGUGAGUCUGCUGAAGGACUACACCGAAGGGCCAGAUGCUCUUUGUCAUGUCGUGGCCUUUUGCAACGCCACCGUCUACUCCACCUGCAUGUACACCCUGGCCACUAUAAGCCUGGAGAGGUACAUUGCAGUGUUUUACCCGCUCCAGUACUCCUCUCUGUUGACUAGAAAAAGAACGUUGCUCCUGAUUGCUUUCGCCUGGUGUUUCCCUCCCUUAAUCCUGUCGCCGAUAUCAUUCCCGGACGGCAUUAUCGAGGUUCACUUUUCUACCGCAUCACUGGUCUGCAAUCCAUCAUACUCUACAAAUGCUGGGUACUCCCUAAGCUUGACGUGUUUUAUAUUCUUCCCUUGCUCCAUCGUCAUGACAUAUGCCAACCUGAGAGUGUGGUGCGCAGCCAAAAGGCAGAGGCUGCAACUGCGCAAAUACGACGGUGCGCGCCGCAGCAGGCACAAUGUGGCAUCCAGAGUGCUUGUGCCUAUGAUGGCAGCCUACUACACCUGCUGGACACCAUGCAUGGCAGCUAUGAUCUACAAUGCAGUAUCAGGUAGCAGCGCGCCAGAGUGGAUUGAGUUUGUGGUGGUAUGGCUGCCGACUUCCAAUGGUUUCCUCAACUGCAUCUUCUAUUUCUGGAUAAACCGAAGCUUUCGCAGGAAAUUCCGCCUAGUCCUCCAGAAGAUUGCUCUUUCUCUCUGUCCUGAAUUGGCUGACACACUUGGAUGCUGCAGUGUUUCAAAGACACAGUUUGUGUCAGGAAUUCUGGAUAAUAACAACAGUGUCCAUGAGCGCUCUUCCAGUGUGUCCUCCACCUGCACCCUGCUGAGUUUGGCUUAGGGCCUUUGGAUCUGAAGAGCACCACUGGCAUGCUUGGUCAGUGACCUCUGUAUUUUGUGACUGGGCUGCACAACUGAAGCCAUGUUGUUGACAUACCCUGACUGAAGGUAUGAAGUGUAAGAGACAGAGUAAUGGGUCACACUGGUUGCAAUGCAAAUGGUUUGAUACUCGGGCAAGCUAAGACGGCAUGUAUUUAAAAUAACCACUGUACAGUACAUCAUUAUAAUUUAUAUCGAUUGUUGUGUAAUUGUAUGUUUUGUUAUUUUUUAUUUUUAUUUUUAUCAAAUUUCAAUCUAAACACAGGGUUAGAUAAUAAUUUAUAAGUUAUUUGGAUUUUUUUUUUUUUUUACUCACUUGAUUUCAUACACUGCUUCCAACAUUUGAUUUACCUCCUCUUAAAAAAAAAGAAAAAAAAAAGAAAACCUUUUAGUUGUUUUAUAGUUAGUCGUAAACCUUGUCUUUGCUCCGGAAGUGUCGACCAGUAUCCUGCAUGCAGCAAUGUCAUCAGCCUUUUAAUAGUGUAGCCUAUUUAGACCUUUAGCUUGGGGUUAACGUAUUUCAAACAUUUGAGGUCUGACGAUUUGUUCAUCUAAAGAAACCGAUAUUUAUUCCUUUUCAUUUCUGAACAUCACUAUCCGAUUAAAAGGACUUUGAACAGCUGAGGCCAUCUGAAACCACUUCGAUUUAAACAUUGCGUCAAAGACCUUGGCAUAUAACAGCUACGAGCAGUUAACCUUUAAGUCACAGCCUUUCAGUGCAUGCAGAGGAAAAGUAAUUAAGCAUUUCCACUGUAGAAAGGUCACCACAUUUGUGCUGGGAAGAGAUAACUUGGAUAACUUCUGCUUGUUUAUUUUGAGAUAUUAAGCCCAAGAUUUUCAAUAUCUUUACCUUCAGUAUGGAUUCAACUUGGUAAUGAACAUUGUAAUUUUUCUCUGUCUUGGUUUGUUUACAUUUAAAGUUGAUCCAAGAGUGUAAUCCCCCCAC